AUAAUAACUAUAAUAAUAGUAAUAAUAAUAUGAUGAUAAUUAUAAUGAAGUUACAGCGCAGCCGUUCAACACUGACGGCAUCGGUGCUAACGUAGCUUAGCCGCUCCCGCCGGGCUGGGCUGGCCGUGUCUGUUCGUUAUGAAGAUAAAUGUUUAAUAGUCGAUUAAAGUCUGAUGGAAUGGCCGAAUAAUCACGGAGCAGCUGCUGGAAGAUCGGACGUUAUCAGGCGGGAUUAACCCGGUUUACACGGUGUCUGUUUCCAUGUUUAUCUGAGUGAGUGUUCCGAGCUCAGCUCCGCUCACUGAAGGCCAGUCAGGAUGCCAAACCCUCCCCCACCCCCUCCACCACCAGGGGGACCCCCUCCACCCCCCACCUUCAGCCAGGCAAACACUACCCCACCCAAGCUGUCUCGAGAUGAAGCGAAGGGCCGAGGAGCCUUACUCUCUGAUAUCUGUAAGGGGAACAGGCUGAAGAAGGUGGCCGUGGUGAAUGACCGCAGCGCCCCCCUCAUCGAGAAGCCCAAAGGAGUCAGUGGGGGUGGAGCAAGCAGUGGGGGUGGAGCUACCAGUGGAAGUGGUGCCAGCAGUGGAGGCGUGACCUCAGGAGCUCAGCCAAUGGGUGGCUUGUUUCAAGGCGGCGUGCCCAAACUGCGGCCUGUAGGAGAUGGUUCCAUAGGCCGGUCUGCCGUGCAGCCCCCCUCCUGCCGCCCGGCGGCUCCCCGCCCGCCCUGCCGUGCUGAUGAGGCUGAAGUCCAUCAGCAGGCGUCUCCGCCAGAGUCGGGUCGUUCUCAGCGCCCAUCUCUGCCUGACCUGUCACGCCCCCCCAGUGCCACCAGCAGCCCCUCCCCCGGCAUGAAGCACAGCACCUCGGCCCCACCCCCACCUCCUCCCAUGUCUCGCCGGGGCAACGCCCCACCAGCCCCUCCCCAGAAAGCCACCGGGGCGCCGUACAACCGUGAGAAGCCCCUCCCCCCAACCCCUGGUCAGAGGGGUCCAUCACCUGCCCCGGGCCCACCCCCUCCUCCCCCUGUCAAACCGCCCCCCUCACCUGUCAGCAACCGUGCCUCCUCCUCCUCCUCCUCCUCCUCUUCCUCCUCCUCUUCUCUGGCCCCGCCCCCACCUCCCCCCUACCGCCAGCAGAUCUCCGUCACUAAUGGCCCCUCCAGCCCAGUUAACGAGGCGGCCCCCGAACUCCCUCAGCGACACAACUCCCUCAGCAAGAAGCCUGCCCCAGGGAGCCACACCCCUACCAGAGCCCAUGCCCCGCCCCCUCCACCCUCGCCCACACCGCAGGCUGGGAGACCCCCGCCCCCAGCACGGGACCCCCCAGGACGGGCCGCAGCUCCUCCAGUACCUGGGCAGACGUCUCGGAACGGUCGGGAUGCCCCUCCGCCGCCACCCCCCUAUCGAACUCACGGUAGCUCUUCAGAUCCGCCCAGCCGAGGCAAGCCCCCCCCACCCCCAUCCCGCACCCCCGCCGGACCCCCUCCCCCACCCCCGCCCAUCCGCAACGGACACACAUCCAACCCCCGCUCCUUCGUAGAUGACUUUGAAUCCAAGUAUUCUUUCCAUCCACUGGACGACUUCCCCCCUCCGGAGGAGUACAGACACUUCACUAAAAUCUAUCCCAGCAAAGCCAACAGAGUGGUGAGGGGGGCGCCUCCUCUACCCCCGGUGGGCAGGUGAACACUGUGACCAGUCACAUGGUGCCACGUGGGAGGAAAUUGUUACACAUUCAUACACAGACAAUCCCACACUAAACUACACACAGCCUGCACCUUAUUAACACCCCCUCUCUCCUCGCUGGACUACAUUCCAUUUCACUCAAACAUCACAGCUUCAGGACUUCACUCCACUGGGACCGAGAGGGGCAGUAGUAGGAACCACCUUCAGUAUUGCAUUCCACACCCGGAAUGGCCAGUUCUUUCUUUUCCUGAAGAUGUUCAAGUCCAUAAUAUGUACAUUUUAACCCGACGGUCUGCACAACACAGUACCGUUACUGAGGAAACGCAAGUAAAUAAGGUUUUACACUUAUGACUUUGUCAGUUGAUAAUUAUUGCUGUUAAUGUUAUUACAAAUAUUAACACUAUUUCUUCAAAACUCCGUUUAAGAUUGAUGCACUGUGAACAUGCCAAUGACUCUGAACGUGGAGGAACUUGCGAACCUGUCCUUGAGUGCAAACUAAGAACUGACAUUGCUUUAACUUUGACACUCCCCACUUUCUUUAAGUUCUCUCAGGGGGCGUUUGGGACUUGAAUUGUUUCCCCUCGCUAAGAAAAACUGCUCUUAGUUCUCUCCAGAAGUGCCAAGAGAAAUAGGUCGUAAAUUGCAUGGUUUUGUUUCUAAGUCAUCUCAGGCCUUUCCUUGUCUAUGGUAGGCUCAUUUGCAAGGUGUUGAUGUAACGAUUAUUGAUUUUUUUUUUUUUUUUUUUUUUUUUUUUUUUUUUUUUUUUUUUUUUAAUUUUGUUGUUGUAAAGUUGCUCUUGUUUUGUUCCACGAGAACUGCCACAACUGUUCCUGUGAAAUAGCUUUUGCUGUAUGUCUUCCAAUUGUUGCGCAUCGACAACGUGGCAAAGCUGCUCCAUUUCUGAUGCCCUUCGCUUCGCUGUGUUUAGCUCGGGAGAAAAUAAUCCACACUACAUAUGUGGCGUCUUACUGUGCUGCAGACAGCUUUGCAUUAACGCUACAUUCGUUCAUGAGCAUAGACACAACAAGAAAGCUACUAAAUCCCAUAGGAGGGACAUGAACAUGAAACCAGGAGUCACUCAGUUUGGACUCUAAAGGCGUUCAAAAGACUCACUGGGACUAAGAUGAUGAACUUGCAUGUGGAGCUGCAGACUGCUGUGCUUUUCAGCAGGUUCUUGUUAAGAACCUCCUCUUUGGGUCCUUCUUCUAUUGAUUAUGUGAACUGGAAAAGAGUAGCAAAACAAAUGUAAUGUGCAAGGUUCUGAGAUCCUUUGUAAUAUUGCUGAAAAAAAAGUGGCUAAUAGUAACUAUGGCAGUAGUUCUUGAGUUCAACUAACUAUUUGGUUAUCUUUACUGUUAACUCUGUAUAGUUAGCUCUUAAAUAAGAGGUUUAAUUUAAAGGUGGUGUUAGGACGGGUAGUACAUCAUUGUGAAUCAUGCCUGAUUCCUUUAACAGGUUCACGGAUUGCCUGCAUUUCUAUUGUAUUUUAAAGGUGCAAAGUUUCUGCUGUGGAUGCAUUUCAUACAUUCAUCUCAACACAACAGUAAUAAACAGUACAUACACUAUAUGCAUGUAGUAACCCCACCCCUUUCUGCCUUACACACUGACAUUAACUCAUCGGUACGCAAUUUCUAAGAAAUAAACAAAACGUGAGAUAAAAAAAAAAGUACAUUAAACGAUGUAGAGAAAUAUAAUAGUGAUAGAUCUUAAUCUAUUUUUCAGCUGUAAGAAGCGUGUAAUAUAGAGAAUGCUUUGGAGCAGAUGUGAAUAACAUGGGCCUCUAAAAGAGCCUCUGACUAAUCGCUAGCCGUUCGUCUGUACAUCCUAAUAUGAACGUGGCUGAGUGAGGGUCUAUUUUCCCUUCUGUGUUUCUCCCUCUCUGCCACCAGAGGUCAGUGUAGACUUAUUUACAGGAGCAUAACUUCACUCACAUUGAGAGAGACUCCUUUCUUCAUUCUCACCCUGUUCAAUGCUCUCUGUAUGUUUUGCACUUCUCUGUUGAUCAGCCAGUUCAAAUAAAAUCUAAAACAUGAGAAACGA